UUUUUUUUUUUUUUGAGCUGAGGACCGAACCCAGGGCCUUGCGCUUGCUAGGCAAGUGCUAUAAAAUAAAUCUUAAAAAAAGAGAGAGAAUGGACUCCAUGGGCUCAUGGGGAGUGGCACUAUUAGGAGGUGUUGGCCUUGUUGGAGGAAGUGUCACUAGAGGUGGACUUUGAGGUUUCAGAUGCACAAGUCAGGUCCAUUGUCUCUCUUGUCCCUGUUGAUAUAGAUGUAGAACUUUCAGCUCCUCUCCAGCACCAAGUCUGCCUGUGCUUCCUACCAGGAUGCUGAUGGACUCAACCUCUGAAGUGCAGGCCAGCCCCAAGUAAACGUCCCUCGGAAGAGUUGCUGUGGCCCUGGUGUCUCUUCACAGCAACAGCCCUAAGAUGGUGCUUUGUUUUGGAUCAGGUGACAGAAGCUCACAGACCCUCCAAACUUAGAUUUCCAGGGUUACAUACAAAAUAGUAUCUUCAUUUCGCAGGACUGUUGGGAGGGACCAACGGAACAUGAGGCGCCACACAGUAAGCGCCCAAGCCAUCAUUACACAAACAGAGGGACUCAGAUCGGAUGCUACAGCUGAAGAAAAUACAAAGCUGUCAGGGAAGCACCACUGUAUGAUCAGGUGGUUGGAAAACUUUGCAAAGAAGACAGCUGUUUCUGCAUCUGGCAGAAAGACUGCUUCCUCUUCCUUACUCAAUCCUCCAAACAACUCUUUUAGGUAGGCAUUCUCUCCAGGCUUGUGAAAUCUAAUCUAAUCUAAUCUAAUGUGUGAAAGGGAGAAAGGGACCGCAAUUGAGGAAUUGUUUCCAUUAGACUGCCCUGUGGGGAGGGCCUAAUUCACUGUCAUAGUGCCACUCCCAGGCUGGUGGUCUUGAGUGGCAAAAGAAAACAGGCAGAGGCAGUUAGGGGAAGCAAGACAGUGAGCAGGGUUUCUCCAAGGCCUCAGCUUCAGUUUCUGCCCUGACUUCCCGAACAUGGGUUGUAACUUGUAAACUGACAUUAACUUUCUUCCCCAUCUGGCUUUGGUCGUGGUGUUGCUGCAAUAGAAAGAACCUAGGAUCGGGUGGUGGUAGUGCAGUCUAAUCCCAGCAAUCAGGGAGGCACAGGCCUUUCCCAGAAGUUCAAGGCCAGCCAGGAGUGAUCAGAGUGAGUUCCAGAACAACUAGAGCUACAUUAUUAGAAACACAUUACUAGAGUAGAGAAACCCUGUGUUAACCAACCAACCAACCAACCGACCCACCGACCGAUCAACCAAAAAAGCCAAAAGACCAAAAAGCAAACUGGGACAUUAUAAACAAUUCUUCAUUUAAAAGUUACUAUGUCUAUCUUUGGGAAUAAGUGUUUUUCUAGAACACAAAAGGAUAGCUCAGGAGAAACAGGCUUAGUAUGGGUAAGACCUUGAAUCCAAUCAGUGUUCAGACAGCUGCCUCUUCCAGAAAGUGUUUUGUAGCAUAGACAGCACAAAUGAUAUAGGGUACAGGUAUUCUAUAGAUCACAACUACGUAUGAUAUCAAGCUAUCUUCCAAAGCAACCCAAUCUGACUGCUCCAUUACAAAACGUUCAUAGGAAGGGACUGAUCUCUUAAAAAUGACUUUUAUGGGGCUGGAGAGAUGGCUCAGCGGUUAAGAGCACUGACUGCUCUUCCAAAGGUCCUGAGUUCAAUUCCCAGCAACCACAUGGUGGCUCACAACCAUCUGUAAUGGGAUCUGAUGCCCUCUUCUGGGGUGUCUGAAGACAGUGACAGUGACAUAUAUAAAAAAUAAAUAGGGGGUUGGGGAUUUAGCUCAGUGGUAGAGCGCUUGCCUAGUAAGCGCAAGGACCUGGGUUCGGUCCCCAGCUCCGAAAAAAAAAGAAAAAAAAUAAAUCUAAAAAAAAAAAAUGACUUAUAUACUUAAGACAAAAACAAGAAGAAAGAAGACAUUUAGAGGGAGUAACCAGGUCCUGAGGAAUUGUUAAGGGGAGAAGCUUUAGUUUUUGUUCUGUGAAAGCAUUUGGUAGAAGGCAAAGCAGAUUGUGAAUGCAUUUUAAAAUCCAUAACACUGGGAGCACAGUCUGGCAGCACUAACCUCACACAAGCUGGCAGGAAGUGUCAGUUGGAAACCUGGCACAUGUGGUAGUAUGUCCUACUUCAGUGUUAAUGUCAACACAGUCAAGAUUCUGAAAAAGACUAUUUCUCAAGCCUUCCCAAUGUUAGCAAAAAAAAAAAAGUUUGUACAAAUUAACAUUCUGUUGAACCAGUCUUUGACAAAAUACAGUGAAAAUGUGGAAAGCAAUGGCCAACAAGUGUUCAACUGUUUUUAAUUAAUUUAUUUGGAACCUAGAACAGAGAAUAACUUAAUGAAUACAACAUAUCUACUUCUCAGAAUUCAAAGAUUAAAGUACAAGUCUUGGUGGGGAGUGUGGUGUAUACCUUUCUUUAAUCCUAGCAUCUUGAAGGCAGAAGCAGACUGGCCUCUGAGAAUCAAGUUUUACACAGUGAGUUCCAGGCCAGACAGACCCUGUUUGUCUGUCUCUCUCAAAUUAAAAAAAAAUUACAAUAAAUCUUAAUGCUUAUUUUCCUAUUAUAGAAUACAUGUUGACCACACAAAGAAAAGCAAGAGAAAUAGGCAAAAAUCCAUUGUACUUUAUCAUCUUACUAAAAUUAUGGCUAAUGUUUGGAAGCAAUUACUCUAAUCCUUAUUCUGUUAUUUUUUAAAAACAUCAUUUAUAAAACAUAUAUAAUGUUGUAUCAUGUUUAAUAUUCACAGAGCAUCAUAAAUGCAAGUUUCCAUGGCUAUUUUUUAUAACUGUGUAAUAUUCCAAGUGUGUACUCCGCUACUGAUUUCAUUAUUGUGUUUACAUUUCAGGUUAUUGGCAACUUUCUUUGUUGGCUGUCCUGAGUACUGCAAUAAGCACAGUAGAAUAUACAACUUAGGAGAGCGACCUUGAUGUUUUUCUGUUAAGAAGAACAGUAGUAUUUUAAACUGCUAAUUUUAUAAGAUAAGGAAAUUAUAGCUAAUUUUCUUUUAAGAUGUGGGGGAGUAUGCCAUCUGUGGUAUGUUAAAGUACUCCCAUUCCUCCAACUUAAUUCUGAUUCAUAAGUGAAGGAGAGGGUAUUUGGAAAUGUAUCAUUCUUGACACCCUUUGCAUAUUCAAGGACCUCCAGGGCUAACUGUAUCAACAUUUGAUUACGACUAAUCUGAGACUAUUGAAGCUGCCUGAGUAUCUCAGUCUACUUUUCUCUAAUUUGUUCAGAAAAGUUUAAUUAUAUUAAAUUAGUACUGAGGGAUGACAAACUUUAAUAUUGCUACUUCUAAUGACAACCUGCUAACUUCCGAGGCUCAAUCUUAUACAUCUUAAAUUUUCUAUCUACAUACUUUUUUAUGAAUGUGUGUGCAUGUUAAUGUGUGUGUAUGUGCAUGUGGGUGCAGGGUACACAUGAUAGUCUGAGGACAAAUUCAAGCGUCAUCCUUGGAAAGGCUGUCCAACUUUUUUGAGAUAGGGUUCUCACUAGCCUGGGGCUAUUACCAAUUAGGCUAGACUGGCUGGCCAGGUAGCACAGGGAACUGACUCUUCUGUCUCUGCCUUCCCAGGAUUAGUGUUAGGAGCACACCCACCAUACCUAGCCUUUUUUACUUGGGUUCUCGGAAUGGAACUCAGUUCUUCAAAUUGCAAGGCCAGUAUUUUUCCUGAACCAUCCUCAGGCCAGGUCUCAUACGUCAGCGCCUAGCACAGAUUUUGCUUGGUAUGUAAUGCACUGUUGAUUCUUAUUUAAGAUCAGUCUGAACAAUAUGCUGAAUGUAGCAGUUUAUCAAGCCCUGAUUGUGUCACUGCAAACACCUCCUCCCAGCUCAGGUCUUUAAGAUAAGCACGAUUAUUUAACAACAAUGAAGCACGCAAUACAGAGAGCACACACGUUGUCACUAGGUACACCCUGGAUUGGAAUGAAUAAACUUUGGGCAAUUUCAGGCCUUCCCCUGCUCAGGGACAAUUUGCCUUGCUUUUCAGGGUUCCUAUGGGGAUCUUUUCUCUUCUUAAAGGAUUGGGAACGUGCCACCUAGCACUUUGAAAACUUGUGCUAUUUUCUAAUUGCCCUUCAGGAGAGUCCAAUCUCUUAAUACUGACUGAAAAGCACUUCUGAGAACUCUACUCAUCUGUGUGCUAUCACCAUACUCCUAACACUCUAACCCGAUUCACCUUGAGGCCUCUUUCACAAGCUGUCUGCUUUGUCUACAAUGCUCUUUCUUUCUCUACACACCUAGUAGCAAUAGAAAGCAAUUGCUAAACCCUACUGAUUCUUCCCAAACACAGGACAUUUAUAUGAUCAGUUCACUCACUCUUUUAUCUCAAAUGUACAAAGGAGGAAUAGAGAAGCAACCAGGUUUCAAAGGCAGGGCUGAAUUCAAGGAUGCCUAAAUCUCCAGCUGGCUUAUCAGUUUUUCCUAGGAGCCCAACAUCUUUAAAUCCAGCAUUAGACACUAAUUCCCACCUUAUGUCUCACUGUCCAGAGGAUAAAGAAGCCCUCUGAACUCAGGUAUAACUGCAUCUUGUUCACUUUUGCAUCCCUAGCUCCUUUCCAGUUCCUGGAACAUGUAAUGGACAUUAACAAAUACUUGUUGGAUAUUUAAGUGACUGAAAACUGCGUUCACACAAAGAUACCGGCUUAGAAUUUACCUAGGCAACAUCACUAGGCUUACCAGACUAGGAUCUACAACGUGCAUCUCACCCCUUCUGCAGUGUGGUACUUUUUAUAUUCUUCCGUGACUUCGUCAGGUCGCCACAAUUCCUUAAAUACUGCCCACACCGUCCUUUUCAUAACAGGGAUUUGUCUUUUAAGAGAAAUCUCGCAGAGAAGAUUUCUAAAACCUUAAAACCAAUCUUUUGCUUCACUUCGGUUCUUCAAUUGUCUUAAUGCCGCUCCCCCUUUUUAAAAAAAAAAUGGAGCAAAUUGGAAAUCAAUGAGGGGAAAACUUUAAAAAAAAAGUGAAUUUCGAAUGCAGACUAGGAAAACAUUCUAGCACUUUUGGAAUUGGGUCUUCCCAUGCAGCCUAGGUAGCACUGUCCCAGGUGGCGCCUGUUUAGAAAAAAUUCGAGGGCCAUCAAAGCAGAGGAAACAGGUGCUGCUCUAAGCGGGGGUUUGUUGACAUCAACGGUUCUGGCUCCAUUUUUUGACAAAGAGCCCAGAAACUAAGGGUAUCUGGCCGUUCCAUCUCCUUCGAGGGGGAGGAUUUACAAAAAAAAAAAAAAAGAGAGGCUGUGGGGCAAAGGGAAAGGGAGAGGAAAUGUGACACACGGAACCAAAAACUGCUCUGCAGGGAGCGAGGUUGGGCCGCGUCCCCCUCAAAGGACAAGUGACGGACUGUCAUUUUGUGUUUUCGCUUCCAAGCUGACAACCACCUGGUUCAAGGAGGAGACUCGAAGAGGGGUAUCCUGUCUCGUGAGAGCUUCAGCAUCGGACCCGUGACAACCUGGGAAGGCCACGGAGGGCCCAGGCAGGACCAACUGCCUCUGGUCAGCUCGAGGACGCCCCCGGGGGGCCACGCCUGCCGCCCCGGCCAGGCCUUUACCCAUAAGCCCCCGCGCCGCGCGCGCACGCGCAGAGGCGGCGACCGUCUCAGGAAGAGGAAAAUGGAAUAAACAACUCGGAGGAACCGGAGCGCGAGACGACGAGCGGAGGCAGAGUUUAAAAACAAACCGGCUCCCUCCGCCGUGCCUUACCCCCCAGCUUCCGGUCGCCGCCGCCUCAGGGUCUCCUGCAGCCCCGGCCACGCGCCCACCGCGGCGUCCCGCGCGGCCCCUUUAAGGACAGCGGAGAGGGAGAGGGAGAAUCCCUACUCGCCGCCCGCCCCUCCCCCUCCCCGGGCGGCUCCGGCUCCCUCAGCGGGCCCAACCCGCCCGCCCGGCUUCCAUCCGGCUCCGGCGGCGGCUCCUUCCCGCCCUCGUCUAUGGUGGCGGCGGCGGGGGACGCGGCUGCGGCGUGGCCAUGAACAGUGGCGGCGGCCUUCCGCCCCCCUCGGCCGCCGCCUCCCCGUCGUCCUCCUCGCUGGCGGCGGCCGUGGCGGUCGCGGUCGCGGCCUCGUCGGGCGUCGGGGGCGUCCCCGGCGGGCCGGCUGCGGGCGUGAAGCUCAAGUACUGCCGCUACUACGCCAAGGACAAGACGUGCUUCUACGGAGAGGAGUGUCAGUUCCUGCACGAGGACCCGGCCUCCGGCGCGGCUCCGGGGCUCGGCCUCCAUAGCAACAGCGUCCCGCUGGCGCUGGCGGCCGCGUCGGGGGCCGGCUUUCCUCCCGGAGCGCUCCCGGGCGGGGGAGCGGGGCCGCCCGCGGGGCCCAAGAAGCCGGAGCUGGGCGUCCCGGGGGCGGCGACAGCGGGCGGCGGACUCGAUGGACCGCGGGUGGCGAUUCCCGGAAUGGAUGGAGGUGCUUUAACUGACACAAGCCUCACAGAUUCCUAUUUCAGCACCAGCUUCAUUGGAGUGAAUGGAUUUGGAAGCCCGGUAGAAACAAAGUAUCCCUUGAUGCAGAGAAUGACUAGUAGUAGCAGCUCCCCAAGCCUUCUAAAUGACAGUGCCAAGCCAUACACAGGCCACGAUCCUCUGACUUCAUCUGCUUCAUCCUUGUUUAAUGACUUCGGUGCCCUCAACAUCUCCCAGAGAAGGAAGCCAAGGAAGUAUCGCCUGGGGAUGCUGGAGGAGAGGCUAGUUCCGAUGGGAUCCAAGGCACGAAAAGCAAAGAACCCUAUUGGCUGCCUUGCUGACAGGUGUAAAUCAGGAGUACCCAUCAAUAUGGUUUGGUGGAACAGAGUCACAGAAAACAAUUUACAGACACCAAAUCCUACUGCAAGCGAAUUUAUACCUAAAGGAGGAUCAACCUCCAGGCUGAGUAACGUGUCCCAGUCAAAUAUGUCUGCCUUCUCUCAAGUUUUCUCUCACCCAUCCAUGGGAAGUCCUGCUACUGCUGGAUUAGCACCAGGAAUGUCACUGUCUGCUGGAUCUUCCCCUCUCCAUUCCCCCAAAAUUACUCCACACACCUCUCCUGCUCCUAGAAGAAGAAGCCACACUCCAAACCCAGCAAGUUUCAUGGUGCCGCCUAGUGCCUCCACUCCUGCCAAUAACCCUGUUCCUCAGACUCCGUCCUCUGGUCAAGUGAUCCAGAAGGAGACUGUCGGGGGGACGACUUACUUCUAUACAGAUACAACUCCAGCACCUUUGACUGGAAUGGUAUUUCCAAACUAUCAUAUUUACCCACCAACUGCACCUCAUGUUGCUUACAUGCAACCCAAAGCAAACGCACCUUCCUUCUUCAUGGCCGACGAGCUCCGACAGGAGCUGAUCAACAGACAUUUAAUAACAAUGGCUCAGAUUGAUCAAGCAGAUCUGCCAGCAGUCCCUACAGAAGUUGACAGCUACCAUAGUCUGUUCCCUCUAGAACCACUGCCACCCCCAAACCGGAUACAGAAAUCAAGUAAUUUUGGAUAUAUCACAUCUUGCUACAAAGCUGUAAAUAGCAAAGAUGAUUUGCCAUAUUGCCUUCGAAGGAUACAUGGUUUUCGUCUUGUUAACACAAAGUGCAUGGUGUUGGUUGAUAUGUGGAAAAAAAUUCAGCACUCAAAUAUUGUAACUCUGCGUGAAGUGUUUACCACUAAAGCAUUUUCCGAGCCUUCUCUUGUGUUCGCGUAUGAUUUCCAUGCUGGAGGAGAAACUAUGAUGAGCAGACACUUUAAUGACCCAAAUUCUGACGCUUACUUCACAAAGAGAAAGUGGGGCCAGCAUGAUGGACCGCUGCCCAGGCAGCAUGCUGGGUUGUUGCCAGAGUCUCUCAUUUGGGCAUAUAUUGUCCAGCUGAGUUCUGCUCUGCGUACCAUUCAUACAGCAGGGUUGGCAUGUAGAGUAAUGGACCCAACGAAGAUUCUGAUAACCAGCAAAACAAGGUUACGAGUAAAUUGUGUAGGAGUUUUUGAUGUUUUAACAUUUGAUAACAGUCAAAAUAAUAAUCCUUUGGCGUUAAUGGCUCAAUACCAGCAAGCAGAUCUGAUAUCAUUAGGAAAAGUUGUGUUGGCUUUGGCUUGCAACUCUUUGGCAGGAAUUCAACGAGAAAAUUUACAGAAAGCCAUGGAAUUGGUGACAAUCAACUACUCCUCUGACCUGAAGAACCUCAUCUUGUACUUGUUGACUGACCAAAACAGGAUGCGGAGUGUGAAUGACAUCAUGCCCAUGAUUGGUGCUCGGUUUUACACUCAACUGGAUGCUGCUCAAAUGAGAAAUGAUGUUAUCGAGGAAGACCUUGCUAAGGAGGUUCAAAAUGGAAGACUGUUUAGGCUUCUAGCAAAAUUGGGAACAAUCAACGAGAGACCAGAGUUUCAGAAGGAUCCAACUUGGUCAGAGACUGGAGACCGGUAUUUGUUGAAACUCUUCAGGGAUCAUCUUUUUCAUCAGGUGACAGAAGCAGGUGCUCCCUGGAUCGACCUCAGUCACAUCAUUUCUUGUCUUAACAAGCUGGAUGCCGGUGUGCCAGAAAAGAUAAGCCUGACCUCCAGGGACGAGAAGAGCGUGCUGGUGGUGACGUACAGUGACCUAAAACGCUGCUUCGAAAAUACCUUUCAGGAACUGAUUGCGGCUGCCAAUGGGGAAUGAGCAGGAAGGAGCGAAGCUUCUCGCACGUGGCUCAGGUGCUCUGUUACUUGAGAGGAAGAAUGUCUCACUUUGUACGCACUCUGGCUGCCACUGGCCUCCGAAGAAUUUAUUCAGACUAAGGUCACCUUUCGGUGAAUGAUGCUCCUGCUCCUGGUUUUCCACUCGUGUAUGCACUAAUCUUAAUUUUUUUAAAGACUUUUCCUGACCUUUGACCUCCUGCCACAUUGUAUGCUUACUAAGGGAAUUAUUUGCAAGGACACUGGGGAACAGGAAGGGGGCAGCUGAUUGCUCGCCACUGAGAGAUGCAGAAUUUGCUCUUGGGGGAUGGCCAGGUCAGUAGUUCCUAGAAAUGCCGUGUAGUGCGUAGUCAGUCCUUAAGAGUGUCGUACGCAAGCUCCAGCUGCCGGCCACCCACGUGAGCUCAAACUGAUGCUUGUGCUGUGUUUAAGAGCACUCAGAGAGAAUAUCCCUGAGUUCUCAGAUAUGAAUUCCCGUUUGUUGAUUUAAAUCCUUUUCCAGGUAACGAUCGGAGCAGUAACUGAAGGAGCAGGCGCUGCUCUUCUCCAGGUUCAUCCAGAGGCUUCUUCAGAGAGGCGUCUGCCUGCCAGUCACAUACACUUAGAUUGACGUAAUUUUUAAUAGCAAAAUGAAAUUGUGCUGAAGGCCUGAAAGUUGAGGAGUUACAUUACUUUAGGGUCUUUCCAGUUUGCUUUUUCCCUUUGAACUCCAGCUUUAUAAUGGUACUUACACUGGAUCUGGACUCACUGUCGAGAGAGAAGGUGGGCUGAGCACAGCAGUGGCCUGAUGCUUUGCGGCCUGGCUCUGGAGGACACUUUCCUGCUGUGCCUUUGCACUCACUGCUUAACCCAAAGUAACAGGACUUUCGGUCAUCUGAGAAGGCCAUCUCAAAAGUUGCAGUUUUCUUCCUUGGAACUUUCUUACUAUUUGGACAUGCAGUUGUCGCCAAACUCAAGUAUUUGUGGGACUUGUGGUCACUUCGAUACUGAAGACUGCCAAAUACAUUGGGAUUUUCUCCUACACAGCCGCCAUGAAGACUCCAUCUCCUUCCCCGAGCCGCGUGCUGAGCGCGCACUGGGUGUGCACCGCAGAGCUGGGAAGAAAGUGUGGGGACUCAGAGGGUCGGGACGGACUCCCAAGCACUUGCAACUGAUGUUACUGUCUUCGUUUUUAACAAGUACACCUAUUUGUAUAUUUCAGAGAAGUUUUUAACAUUUCUCUGUCCACUUUUUAUAAGCUUUAAAAUGAUUUUUCUCUGCCUUGAGAUUUGCAUCAAGAAAAAGCACCUUUCUUCACCGAAAGCUUUGAGGACUAGAGACACACUUCACACGUCUAACAAGCACGUCUGCGUCCGCGAGCGGUAGCAUCAGUCGUUAACAAGAAAAUUAAUUAUUGCAUUUGAUCUGGAUGGAUUUUAAAAGAACAUAAUGUUCAAUAUUCAAAGGAUAAUGACCAUUUGCCACCAUGAUGUUCCUUUUAUUUAAAGGGAACAAGAACUUUGAGUGUAACACACAGAAGUCUUUAUCAUUAGCUCAUGUAUUGAGGAAGAGCAGCUGUCUUUUUAUAUGUUUUUUGACAAAUCAUAUUGUAAUUCUUUUGUACAAAAAAGAACUACUUGUAUUCUAGAAGAAAUAUGAAAUGCUUAAUUUAUAAGCGGGCUGGAGAUUUUUUUCCAAUAUUGUUUUCUUUGAAAAUGAAAGGGGAUCAUCUAUUUUAGUUUUUGGGGGCCUGGGAACUUUUUGAAAAUUUUCAUUUGUGGACCAAUGUUAUGUGAAUGCUAAAGAAGGGCAGGGGUAAAAUAGGGCUUGAAUCUCUUGUUCCGCAUAGACCAGCAAACUCCCCUCUGCAAGGCAGGUUCACAUCACAACCCCAGAGAGUCUGCAUCAGAAACGCUAGUUUGCUUCAGCCCCUGGUAACCUCAGGACUUGGUGUGGGUAUAAAAGGUAGUCAGCUGAAAGUUUUCAUAAGUAAAUAUUGUCAGCCAGAAAACAGUUGGUGUCAGGUAAUGCACAUUUUUUUAGCUUUGUUUUAUAUUUAUUUUCAUUGGGAAUGGUUUUCAAAAGAAUUCUUGAGUUCUCUGCUUUGAUAGGUUUCUUUCUUUCUUUUUUUCUUUUUUCCGUUUUUUUGUUUUGCUUUGCUUUUUUUUCUGGGAGCCCUCUGUUCCACGGUGUAAACCCAUAUAGGAGGUUGUCUGAAAGUUACUAUUCAGUGCAUAGGAAGAGUUUACUAUCUGAGAAUAUCGAAUGAAGGACGUGAACUCACCGUGACUUCCUGUGUGACAACACAACACGGAAAGGACAACCCUGAAAUCAUGUGGUGUCGCUCACCUCAGCUGUGUGCCCAUCUCCAAUCCCGUUAGUGUGUUUACUUCAUUGCAGAUGCCUUUGAGGGAGCCCUCUAUUCUGCUUUGACCUUGGUUCUGUCAUGGAUAGCAACAUUGUCUCUAAAAAGCACCAGUAUGUUUAAGUUCUAAUGUCACGAUCCCAGUACCUGUUUCUCAUCUUUAACCCUGUUUUCAGUCUCUAUGUGUAUAGCAGUAUUUUUUAAUAAAGAAUUACAGAGAUAAA